AUGACGACGAUGCUGCAAGUUAACUGCUCUGGUACGCCCUAUGAGAUCGGCCAUCAACAUGGCACCGCCGCAAACGAUAAAGUAGCGGGAUCCCUGGACUUUUACAAGUGGCUUUUCCAAACCACCUGUGAUAUGGACUGGCCUGCUGUUCGAAUCGAGGCACAAAAGUACGUCGAGCCACUACAGAAACUAUGCCCCCGCUAUGUCGAAGAAAUACGCGGCGUCGCCGAUGGCGCAGGAGUCGAGUUUAUCGAUAUUGUCGCACUCAAUGUCCGAACUGAAAUCACCUUUGGUCUAUUCACAGACAGCCCCAGUGUCCCUGUUCAGACCGACGGCUGCACCAGCUUGGCAUACCGCCAGAAGAAUGGUAACAUGCUCCUGGCACAGAACUGGGACUGGCGGGUCCAACAAACGCCCAACCUUUUUAUCUGUCAUAUUACCCAGCCAGGCACAGAUCUACCAGAUAUGUCAUUCGUCACGGAAGGGGGUGUUAUAGGCAAGAUCGGAUUCAACUCGUCUGGGGUUGGAGUUUCUCUCAACGCUAUCCGAGCUCGUGGCCUCGACACCACGAAACUACCAAUCCACCUCUCACUGAGGGCGGCCCUGGAGUCAAACUCUGCGCGUGAGGCGGCGCAGAAGCUGCAAGAAACUGGGACGGCUGGAAGUGGCCAUAUCUUGGUGUCAGAUCCAAAGGAAGCGAUAGGACUCGAAUGCACGAGUGUGGGGAUCAAGGAGAUCGAACUGGACCAGGAUGGGACCAUCGUUCACGCGAACCAUCUAAUGCUCGAUCACCCAGGGGUAGACGAGCGUCCACCACUCGAAAUCAAGAUUCUUCGUUUCAACGGUUCUGCUGUUGUGGAUGUCGAUCCAAGCGACCCGAAGCCUUCUGGUAAGAGCAGCCCUUGCUUAAGAAUUACCGAUGCGACUGGAAAGAAUGAACCACGCUGGGUUCACGAGAGUUCCUCUAUCCGUUUACUCUUGGAGGAACUCUACCCCGAGAAAACCCCCAUGAUCAGCCCCACGCCCCUCGAGAGAGCCCUCAUGAACGACAUCCACUCCACCAUUCUGCAGUCGAUCACGGACUCCAACUACUACAUCAAGAACGCAGCGGCUGUCACGACGAGCUGGUCCGGUAUUAGGGAUGAAGAUCGCAGCCUUGCAUUGGCUCGUCAUGCAAAGGAGAACCAUGUCCGAGCUCUUCUCAAGGCUCAAGAGUGGGCAGCCGAGAGUUUGGAGAUGGGCGGAUGGCUGACACCUGGGCUUGAUCAUCCUGGGUUGGUGGAUGCUGCACUUGCAGGUGGUGCGAGAUACAUGGAACUGAGUUAUUCCCUUGAUGUGUUUGAGGAUGAGCGCUUGGGGUUGUUGAGGAAGUGGUAUGCUAGGUUUAAGCAGGUGUCCUGGUGGCCCGAGCUGGAGGAGAGUGGCCGUCACCCUAAGGAGCUGUCAUACCCAAGCAGUUGCCGAGAUGCCUAA